AUGUCACAAUAUUUUAAAAAUAUGAGUAGUGAUGUAAAAUCAAUUAGUUUUGAUGUUACUGGUAAGCAUGAUAGUUUCAAACCGACAAAUGAAUUUGAUUAUGGUGAAGAUUUCAGAAAGGAACAAUUCAAAACGAAAAUGGAGAAACCUAAUCAAGUACCGCUUAUGAGUAGUAUCGAUAGUAGCGACAAGAAGAAUCAUCUAUAUAUUGGUCCGAAUUCAUUUGUGAAAUCAUGUAUACUUGCAUACUCUGACCAUCAUAGAAUCGUACUGAGACCCGAUGAUAUAUGGAUUUCGAUAAUGACACAAUUCUCAUUCUAUUUGAAUGCAAACUCUGAACAGCUCCGAGAGAAACUCGUCGAUUUCCAAGGCAAGAAAGAACUGACUGUCUCUGCCAAUGCAUCACUGUUCAGUGCACCGUACGACGAUAUGACUCUGGCAAUGACCGAUUUAAUCGCCAAGAACAUUAAGGAUCCGUCGAUAAGAGAUUGGUCAAUGCCAUCAUUCUCAACGACAACCUAUAACGAUAGAAUUGUUGGAGCGGUCUGUCUCAUGGCGACAAUGAAGAAUUUCUUUCAAUUUAAAUAUCAACUCUGUUGUGGAUUGCCAUCGGUAACCCUGCUCGGUUCGGUAGAAGAUUGGAAAUCACUGAAAGAUAAAGCUCAGCGUCUGGUGGAGUUUGAUGUCGGCGAGCAGAAGCUGAUGAGUAAAUGGUCGGCGAUGUUACUACCGAUUCUCGAUCAAUUCAUUCAAUCGGUUAAUGGAAAACCAGAUAUUAGCUGGUGGAAUAGAAUUGCCAAUUAUGUUGGUGGUGGAUCUGGACCGACUUGGCUGUCGGGAUGGAUCACAGCAUUCACUGUCUUCUCUCCGGAGGGCGUGUGGCUUGGUGACAAAAAGAAAAUCUUUUCAAUGAACGAUGCCACACAUUUAACUAGUUUCGAGUGGUGUUUUAUUGAUACUCAAGAUAUGGCAUGUGGAUUCGUCGAGUUGGAUAAAUCUCAUUUCAAUGUAUAA